AUGGGCAACAAAGGUGAUAAGGAUGUCGAUAACGAAUAUAAUGUUAAUGAGGAUGUGGGAAAUGAGAAUGAGGUUGGUGAGGAAAGGGGGAUUAAUGAAGAUAAUGUCGAUGAAUAUGAGGUUGAUAGAGAACAGGUUAAUAUGGAAGACAAUCAUGAAGAGCCACCAAAUAAGGAAGCUCAAGAAUUUUAUGAUCUGCUAACUUUUGCAAACCAACCAUUAUAUGAGGGUGCUUCUGAAUCAAAACUUUCAGUAUGUGUGAAGCUUAUGGCUUGCAAAACAAAUUGGAAUGUACCUCAAAAAUGUAUUGAUUUCUUUGCAAACAUGCUUCUAGAAGUGUGCCCUUCAAAGGAUUCAUUGCCAAAAAAAUUCUACCAAGUAAAAAAGUUGGUGUCCAUGCUUGGUUUGAAGUCUCAGAAAAUUGAUUAUUGUGUGAAUGGGUGCAUGUUGUACUACAAAGAUACGAUUGCAGAUCGAGAGUGUAGGUUUUGCCAUGAACCACGAUAUGUUCCUCGUAAGCCUGGGAUGGGUAAUUACAAUGACGUUCUGGUUAAGAGAAUGCACUACUUGCCAAUCACUCCAAGGUUAAAAAGAUUGUAUGCCUCAAUAGAAACUGCAAAAGAUAUGAGAUGGCAUCAUCAUAAUAAUUCAAGUUCAUGUGUUUUACGUCAUCCAUCUGAUGGUAAAUCUUGGAAGAAUUUUGAUGAGAUGCAUCCGGACUUUGCGAAUGAACCAAGAAAUGUGAGGCUAGGUUUAUGUUCUGAUGGUUUUACACCAUACAUUCAGGCAUCUUCAUCCCCAUAUUCUUGUUGGGCCUGUGAUUGUGACACCAUAUAA